AGUUUAUUCAUCAGUUCAAUUUCUAAUUUAGCAGAAGCCUCUAACCUAAGAGAAUUAUGAAUCGUCGUAUCUUGUUGACAAAUCGUCUGUCGAAGCAUAAAGUGGCCACCGGCUGCAAUGGAAUCACGAAACGGAGGACUCUGAGUCUUCUUCCAUCCCAGAGGAAUUCAAGAGUCGUGCGAAGAAGCCGCUCUGCGCUCGUAAGGAAAGCCAGGAGAAUCACGAAUAAGAAAUUGGAGGCGAAGAUAAGGGCAGGGAUCAAGCGACUGAGGGGAGAGAUGGCAGAAAUUAGUGACGAGCAGAAGUCCAUUAGAGAGGGGCAGAAACAAGUGAGGGAGAAAUUUGAGAAGAUCGAAGCAGAACGGGAGCAACUGUGGAAAGAAACUGAGCUCAUAACAAAGCAGAAUGCAGCCAUACAAGUGCGUUUAGGUCUUAUGUCUGGUAUCGUGAAGGCAAGAGCUCAAAAUGAUUAUGAUUUGGCUGCUCAACUCACUCAGUCUCUCCGUGAUUUGAUGGCUAAGCAGAAUGAGGAAAUGCAUUGAAGAAUUUUGUUGCAAAAUACUGGAUGUAACAAGGAGGAUCUUCUACAUGAACUGAAACCAAUUCCAACUGUCUUCUGCUAUCUUCUGCUUUCUUUCCUUUGUCAUCUUUUUCCGUCGUUGUUAAGACGACGUGUUACCUAUGUGAACCUAUGUGACUCAAAGUAGUCUGCGUAUAUAUUAUUGGAACAAUAAGUGGUUUUAAGAGUUUAGUUCUUGGAACAUAAA